ACAUGGCUAACACAGAAGUCGGGAAGGCUGGAUCUGUGAAUUCCGAGGAGCUCAGCCCUUCACCCAAGAGAAAGCAGCCUGUAGACCAGAAGGGAGAAGAUGAAGAGCCUUCGCCUUCGGAAAGUGGGGGAAACAGCGGUAAGAGCUCCCCGGAGGCGUCUCCCGUGAGACAAGGGAGCAGCAGGCAGAGUCGUAGGGAGGCCAAGAACUCCAGGCGGAAGGGAUCUCGGCAUAGCUCGGGUGGCUCCCGCCUUGAAGAGAAGAGGAGUGCGAGCCCACCUCCCACCAGAAAGAGAGGAAGGGACAAGCCUGAGUCUACCAGAGCGAGACAACACCUGGCAAGAGAUUCCCGGCACUCAAAACAGCCUGUCAAGGACAGAAGGGCCCACGCUAGAUCAACCGGGCGGACUGGCCGGCGGCGCAGGCAUCGCAGAGACCCCCUCGCGGCUCCACACAACUCUCUCAAGAGGCACAGACAACAUUCUCCAGAAGCCCGCUCAUCCAGGUCGCUCUCACCGCUGUCCAGAGUCAUCUCCCACGUGGGUGCCUUGGAGGUGGUCCUGGAAAACCUGCAGGUCCCUGGAGGGGCCUUCCUGCGUGUGCCCUCCAGCAGCAGGGAGCCCAGUGCAUCGCAGCGCGCCUGGCUCACAUGGCAGCUGUCCCAUGCUGGGGCCGCGCUGCACUGGGCGCUUUACACAGUCAAUUACAUCUUGGCUGUGCAGGCCUGGAUGCCGAGAUAGACCUAGCUCCAUGCUGACUCCUCCAUGGCCCUAGACUAGUGCCCACCUCCUCUCUUUUCCUCCUCUCUCCUCCUUCCCUCCCCUCUCCUCCCUUUCCCUCUCCUCUCCUCUUCCUCUCUCAAGACCCAGGCCAAGUGGCCAAGGAACCAGGCGCCCCCGCCCUUUAUCUCCCAGUACUUCACUGGAUGGAAGGAAGCAUGCUGGACCUGAGCAGAGCAGAGAAACCCGCGUGUCUUGGGCCCACCUGAGUACCAAACAGACUCCCUCUCCUGAGGGACUCCACCCUAGAGCCUUGAGACUACAUCAAUGACAGAUGACCUGACUCUGCAGAAGACUCACUGGGGACUUGGAUUGUGGAGUGAAAGCCUUCUCUGAUGUUGUCCACCUUCCCAUCUGCAGGUGCCUUGGGGAUCAUCUGAAAAAGGACUGCCUCUUAGAAUGAAAUCAGCAAAUGCAGGUUGGGUCACUGUGCAGACAGGCUCCCACCCUUUUG